CUGGAUCUAUCAUGCCGAACCAAUACCUUAGUCGCGUGAACCUGGAAGUGAUAGAUAACAGCAUGUGCUCGUGGGUGUUCCCCGGCAUCUUGCAGCCUACAAACUUAUGUACGAGCGGAGUUGGUGGUGUCGGCACUUGUCGUGGUGACUCCGGUGGCCCUCUUGUUAUUACAAGAAACAACCGUCGUAUUUUGAUUGGCAUUACAUCAUUUGGCUCUGGUUUCGGUUGCGAAAUAGGCUUCCCUGCUGCCUAUGCCCGUGUGACUUCAUUCAUCGACUUCUUUAAUAAGCAUAUUUAA